CAGACAGCGACAGAAAGUGUACUAGCGCUCGCUACCGACCGACCCUCCUCAAGAAAUCUCAAGACCAGGGAACCAAAAACAUGGUCAACCUCCGUUCCCAAAAACGCCUCGCCGCCUCCGUCGCCGGCGUCGGCAAACGCAAAAUCUGGCUCGACCCCGCCGAGCAAAGCGAAAUCGGCAAUGCCAACUCGCGCACGCACGUCAAAAAGCUGAUCAAGGAAGGCCAGAUCAUCAUCAAGCCCACGACUGUGCACUCGCGCGCGCGCACCCGCGAGCUGUUGGCUGCGAAGAGGAAGGGAAGACAUACGGGGCCGGGAAAGAGGAAGGGUACGGCUGAAGCGAGGAUGCCGAGUAAGGUGAUGUGGAUGAGAAGGCAGAGGGUGUUGAGGAGGUUGUUGAGGAAGUAUAGGGAGGCGGGGAAGAUUGAUAAGCAUUUGUACCAUUCGCUCUACCAGAAGAGCAAGGGUAAUGUCUUUAAGAAUAAGCGUGUCCUUAUGGAAUACAUCCACAAGGCCAAGGCUGAGAAGACCCGUACAAAGGUCCUUUCUGACCAGAUGGAGGCUCGUCGUAUCAAGAAUAAGGCUGCUCGGGAACGUCGUGCUGCGAGGAUUUUGGAGAAGAGGCAGGGGAUUUUGGCUGUUGAGCAUGAGGCUCCUGUGCAGGAGUGAAUGUUUCCUAUAUGAUUUAUCUCCAGUUGAGGAGGUGAUAAAUUCCUUGACGAUGCGAGCGCUCUGAUGAACAUAGACUUUCCAUGUCUGUUUUCAUGACCCUUUCGGAAUUUCUUUCUUGGCUGACGACCAAGAAUCGCAAACUUCUACUUCGUCGCCCAAUAAGAUCUGGUUUGCUAUGAAAAGAUGUUUUCUCCCCCCCCUCUUUCUUUGACUGAUCUGUCUACUGCUUUCUGAAAUAUAGUUCUAGAAGUAUAUAACAGUUUCGGCCAAACUGGAAUACUCAGUUACAGACAUUUUUCUUUCAUGGCAACGACGGCGUAUCAUACAUCAUCGUACCCCCAGCUCGAUGGUGCAAAAAUACCUACUCGGUCGCGAUUUCUCUCGGGACAACAACACAAUGUGAUCUCCAGGACACUAUAUAGUGGGUGACGCUCCAGCCC